CCAGACACGCCCACCGGCCUUAUUUUCAUGCGCGCGAAUGGUUCACUCACCAGAAUCGCUACUGCCGCUACAUUGAUACACCUUGGGAAAGAAGGGAAGCAAGCAUGUGUCAAAAAGUAACGUGAUGUGUUGAGAGUCAAUUGGGAAGACACUGGGACGUCUUGUUCAAAAAGCAACACGAUGAGUUCACCAGAGAAUUCCGACCAAGCUCUUAAAGAGUUUACUUUCGAAGGAGACAAAGACACGUUGACAGUCCUCAUCCCAGAGAGGUGUAGCCUAAAAGCUGGAUUGACAGAGCCUUCUGCAAUUUGCUCUCAACACAGGGGAUUUCUCUUUUUAGCAGAGGUGUCAAAAGUAAAAGUAAAUUCGUAUGUUUUGGACCCGCAGUAUGGCAUGUACGUCUGGCCCAGUGCAGUGGUUCUGGCCCAGUAUGUCUGGACCCAUAGGGAGGAGAUACAGAACCACACACUGCUGGAGCUGGGCGCGGGUGUGAGUUUGCCUGGCGUGGUGGCUUCCAAGUGUGGCGCCAGGGUGAUCCUGUCGGACAGUGCCGAGCUCCCGCGUUGCCUCGACAACUGCCGUCGCACCUGCACGGCCAACGGGCUGGGAGGGGACGUGCAGGUGGUGGGCCUUACCUGGGGACAGGUGUGUCCCCAGCUGCUGUCCCUACCCCCCCUCGACAUCAUCAUGGCCUCCGAUGUGUUCUACGACCCUGAAGACUUUGAAGACGUGCUGGUGACGGUCAGCUUUCUCCUCAGGACCAACCCCAAGGCUCAGUUCUGGACCACUUACCAGGAGAGAAGUGCUGACUGGUCUCUGGAGGCUCUGCUCCACAAGUGGGGUUUGAACUGCAAGUAUAUUCCUCUAGACUCCUUCGGUGCCCACGGCAACUACAUCGCCCGCUCCAAUCUCCCUGGUAACCACUCCAUCCAGAUGAUGCUCAUCAGUGCUACGGUCGGCAUGGAAACCAGGACUCCAUAAAGACGAUGCUUAUGAUCAGGGUUAUAAAUGAACUUUUUUCAUCUCUAGCCAAUUUGGCUAGUAGUUGUUUAACCUCACAAGCCACACAUACUCAUUAUCAGUUAAAUUGCCUUGUACGUUUUCUUUUCUACCAACCCAACAAAAUUUUCACCAGAAUUUGUCCGGUUGGCCAGUGUUUAUUUAGAACCCUGAUUAUGAUAACCACCUCAGACGGCAACUGUACGAUAAUGGUAAUCACUGCUCUGGGGUGCAUUUCUCGAAACUGUAGUUGCUAACUACGAUGUCAUACAAUGUUAGCAAUACCAUGGUGAGGAUUAAGGCAAUGCAUUGGAUCAAAUGUAAGCUCAUAACGGCAAAUGAGGUCCAUUACAUUGUCGUAACCUAACCCUGAACCAAUCACAGAUGGUUUCCCAUGUGGGUAGUGAAGAGCCCUCCACAGCCAUCCUACAGUUCAACAAUUCACCUAACACUGUGCCAGUAAGGUCACCGUUGCCCGCAGGGCUGGAUUGGUAAUCUGGCAUACAGGACCAUUUUCCCACUGCGCUAGUUGACAGCUAAAUGUUUUAGUUUUCCCAUGAUUGCUGGCGCCACUGAGUCCAGAGGUCACAGGAAAGGACGAGAGGACUCAUUGUGACUAUUUAUCUUAACUAGAAGUGUCCUGUGUGAUUUUAGUGGCUAGGUCAAGGCACUGCAACAGGACAAGCAGAGGAGAUUGGUUAGUGUUUGGGAAGACUGGGGUCCUCCGCUUCCUCCAAAGUGCAGAUGAGAGCACUGCUCUGCCAACAUUCGAUUCUACCGUUUGUCCAGACAUCUGCGCCCAUAUGCAGGGUUGUAUUAAAAACCGAAAUCGGACAUGCAGUGCAGUGCUCCGCACUUUGGUGGAACUAGUGUGCGGAGGCCCUGAAGCAAGGCAAUAUGCAUAGUGUACAGUACAUACAAUGUCUCCAUAACAGAAAAUGUGGUGUGCUGGGUAUCUGUACAUGUGUAUGUGAAUAAAAGUGGACUUUUUAAGUUAA